AUGAACAGAUCACAUCUGCUGAUGCGCACUGCCCACCGUCGUUCCUUUGCUGCUGCUGCCGCCGGUGACUCCAUCCUGUCCGCCGUGUACACGGUCGACGGGAGAGCAGCGUCAUUUGCCCCAUCUGUGGACGCCCUAGACUGCGCCGCCGCCGCCUUCUUCCCUGUAAGCGCCAUGGCGGCUGCCCUCCAUCACCGCCCCCGCUCGCGCUCGCCCCCGCAAGACGAGGAUCUGCUCUCCGAGGUCCUCCUCCGCCUCCCGCCGCAGCCGUCCUCCCUCCCCCGCGCCUCCGCCGUCUGCAAGCGUUGGCGCCGCCUUGUCUCCGACCCCGGCUUCCUCCGCCGCUACCGCCAACACCACCGCCGCAGCCCUCCGCUCCUCGAUUUCUUCCGCAGCGACUAUCCAGGCAUCUCCUACACGCCUGCCAUGGAGGCCCCCGAUCGUGUCCCCGCCGGGCGCUUCUCCUUGAAUCUCAAUGACAGGUACAGUAUCCUCAGCUGCCGCCACAGCCUCGUGCUCAUCUCCCACUCGUUGCGGAACCAGGUUCUGGUGUGGGACCCCGUCACCGGCGACCAGCACCGCGUUGCUGCUCCCCUAGGGAUCGACAUGGCCACUACCCUGAUGGACGGGCAGGUGCUUCGCGCUGCCGCCGACGCCCAGCACUUCCAGGUGGUAUUGGUAAACUACAAGAAGAAAUAUGCACGAGCGAUCGCCGCCAUUUACUCGUCGGAGACCGAGGGUGGCGGGCUGCGCGUACUCUCCCUGACAGGAUUCGCCACCGAGUUAUGGAAGAGGAAUACCGACUGUGAUGGUGUUGCUUCAUGGGUGCUGGGACGAACUUUUGAACUGGAUAAGCUACUUCCCAUGAAUUCAGAGAAUAUAAGGCACACACCGAUGGUAGCUUAUGCUGAGGAAAAUAAUGUGGCUUUCUUGCGGACAUUUGACAGUAUCUUCAUGGUCCAGCUUGAGUCAUUGCAGUUCAGUAAACUUCCUGAAAACAGUAACUGUGAUAUCAGUUAUCCAUUAGAAAGUGUCUGCUGCAGGUAUCUUGAGUUACAGUCUGGUGGCUGA